UCCACCAACCGCGACUUCGCGUCCGCCACGAACGUCGAGCCUCUCAACGACCGCAACACCCAGUCGCAGGACGCCGCCCAGCAGCCCUCCUUCUCCGGGCCGGGGGCCAGCACCUCUGCCGCAUCGACCACCAAGCCCCACGGCAACAAGCUGCUGAACAAGCUGGACCCGCGGUUUGAUAGCGAUAUGCUGGAGGAGCAGCAGCAG